AUGCAGUGCCAGCUCUGUGGCUCCUGGGAUGUCGUCUACAGCGCCGCUCGCGGGGAUUCCGUCUGCAGCGGCUGUGGCGAAGUCCUUGAAGAUCGGACGAUGGUCACCGAGACGACCUUCCUGCACACAAGCAAUGGGGCGGCACGGCCCAUGGGUGGGCGCAUCGAUUUCAGCGCUGGGCUCAGCUUCGUUGGUGCGCCGAGCAGUCACGAGGUGGCUCUGAACAAGGGCCUUUCCAGGAUGGGUUUCAUUGCAGAUCGGCUGCAACUUCCUGCGCAAAUCCAGGAAGCUGGGCGUCGGAUGUACACCCUGGCCUGCUCCAUGAACUUCAACGCAGGCACUCAGCAGCGAUUCACUUGUGCUGCCUGCCUCUAUGUAGUGUGCAGAAGGAACCGCUCCCCCCACCUUCUCAUUGACUUCUCCGACGUCCUGCAGGCUCCUGUUAAGACCAUCGGGCGUGUGUACAUGAAGCUCAUGCGGCGACUGGUCGGUGGGGACUUCACCCACCAGCUGCAUGGCAGCGGCGGCUUAGAAGUCCCUCUCGUAGACCCGUCCAUCUUUAUUGAGCGCUUUGCUCGCCAGCUGGAACUGGGCUCGCAGCAGCGCAAGGUGCAGAAUACUGCCAUGCGCCUGAUCCAGUACAUGCACCGCGAUUGGAUUUGUGUGGGUCGCAGACCCAACGGUUUGGUCGGCGCUGCCUUGCUGAUCGCCUCGUACUACCAUGGUUUCCGCUGUUCUUCGAAGGAGAUUGCGGAUGUGGUGCGCAUGUCAGAGGACACGUUGCUCCUGCGCUUGCGGGAGCUUAAAGAGACUCCAAUGGCUCUCAUGAGCAAAGGGCAGUUCGAGAAAGCAAACCCCGAGAUGCUCCCGGAUGGGGAGCAGAGAGCCCUCCCCCCUUGCAUGAGGCAAAGGCGAAAGAUGUCGCUCUCGGCCACUCCACAGGGUGCCCUGGAGGAUGUCCCCAAGACCCGAACAGAAGAUGCCUCCAUGCCGCCUCCGGCAGUGCCGGUCAAGAAACGAAAUUUAGCGGCCUUAGCCCUACCAGCAGAGGCAUCCUCUUCGUCCUCGGUGCCGCUGCCGAUCUUGGCAGAUACAUCGGAUGCUCCGCAGCCCGUGGAUGCACAGAGGGCCAGCAGGUACACCAACCGUACGCCUUCGGAAGCCGACGUCGAGGAGAUCGCCAAAGAGAUUGCCUCACACCACAAGAUCGAGCCGAUCCUGGAUGGCCGCCAGGACCCCGCAGUGGAGGAGAAGGUGGAGCAGCUCAUCGUCGGGCGCCCAAGCUUCGCGGCGCCCACAACGUCGGAGCAGGGCCGGCCAAGAGCGUCCGAAGACAACGUGGAGUCUCUGAGCGAUGUAGACGACGAAGAGCUGGAGUCCUACCUCCUGGAUGCAGAGGAGAGGCAGCACAAGUCCGACAUUUGGCACGAGGUCAACAAGGAGUACCUUGAAGACUGGCAUCUUCGCAGCCUCGAGAUCAAGCGCAGGAAGAUGCGGGAGCAUGUGAACAAUGAGCGUAAGGCCGGCAGUGGAUGUGAGGGCCAUGACUCCGCCAGCGAGACGAAUGGCAGCUCGUCGAGGAAAGCCCCACAUGGCGCACGGCGAACUUCUGUGUCCAGCUGCACUCAGUCUGCCCUUGUUGGCCUCACAAAGAAGGCCAAGGUCAAGGCCAAUCGAAUCAAUUUAGAAGCCUUGGAAAGUCUCUUUUCCUGA